AUGGAGGGUGACAACAAUGAGCAAGACAAAAAGCUGAUUGUGAUGGCAGAAAGUCUGGUGGCCAGUGAGACGAGGGUGGAGGCUCUGGAGAGGGUGACUGCAGCACAGGAGGCAGAGUUGGCUGUUUUAAACACCAGGCUGGCUGCCAGUGAAGCUGAAGUGAUGAAUCUGAGAAAGGAAACGGCAGCACAGUCAGCUGAUCUGAUGUCAGUUCCUGAGAGAGUGGCAGCUACUGAGACUGACGUGCAGCAUUUGAAGGAAGACACUGCAGCACACCGCACAGACCUGACCACCAUGAAGACUGAUGUGAUGAACCUGAUCAAGAGUAAUGAUGCCACUGCAACCGAAGUAGAGGAACUGAAGAUGGACAGUGCUGCACAUGAGGCAGAGCUGGCAGCAGUGAAGACCACACUGGCGGCCACUGCGACUGAAGUGGAUAAUCUGACAAUGAACACAACACCCAAGGUGGCAUUCUCAGCAGGACUGACAAACUCAGGACACAUACAGGCUGGAGACACUGACUUGAACUUGGUGUUCAGUAGAAUCAUCACCAAUGUCGGCAAGGCCUACAGCAAGGAGUCAGGCUUCUUCACUGCUCCAGUCAACGGGGUCUACUACUUCAGAUUCACUGUCCUGGAUGUACUAUCCUCACGCUCCAUGUCUAUUAGAAUGUUUAAGAAUGGACAAGGAAUCAUGUGGUUGAAUGGGUAUAACGCUGAUGGGCAGAACGCCUAUCUGUCCAGUGGUCUGACUCUGCAGCUAGAGGUAGGAGAUGUGGUUAACCUGGGAAUCCGACCAGGCCACAGGCUCUAUGAUAGUAGUAAUAGUCACUCCACCUUCAGUGGCUUCCUACUCUUCCCUCUCUAA